GCAGACCCACGACCAUUCUUCUUAUCGUGAUUCUUGCUCUAUGACCAACAACUGUUAUCUGAGCGCUACCCUUUGAAAUCUCAUCAGUGCUACACAUUUUCCUUUACACACUGGUUUGGAUAAAAUGACCGGCGAUGCUCGCAAUAUCAUCGAACCACUUUUGACUGACUACGUACGCACAUUCAAUGAUGGUGAUUUUGACCGUAUGCACGGAUUUUAUCACAAAAAUGCUGUGAUGGUAGAAAAGGACAAAAGCGUGUUGUGGGGACAAAAAGACAUCGUAGCCUCUUUACUACAGAUGGCCACCGACUGUGGAAAAACCAGAAUAGAGAUCUCAAACUCGAAAUACGACGGUAUCGGGGACUUUCUCAACGUGACUACAGAUUUCGCUUUUCACACAGAGAAGAGUGGAGUGCUUCAUGGGUCGUUCAUACAAAUCUGGAGGAGAGAUGGAAACAGUUAUACCAUUUAUCAUGAUGAAUAUGAAAUGUUUUAGUGUUACUUGAGUCAUC